AUAAGAACAAACUGGCGGCGGCGCGAUGUUCAAAUCUUACUGUAAGUGAUACAUUAAGAAAAUAUCAUAAACAAUAAACAUGGAUUGCUUGAAUGUAGCGAAGAUUUUACCAAAUUCCCCACAGAAGACACGAGGACAGAUUCAGGUUAUUUUCGGACCGAUGUUUUCAGGAAAAAGCACUGAACUGAUGCGGCGCGUGCGGAGGUUCCAGGUGGCUCAGUAUUGCUGUCUGCUCAUCAAAUACGCCAAAGACACACGCUACUCUCAGACGGGGAUGGCCACACAUGACAAGGAUAAUCACGAUCUUUGGCUUUUGCAGUUUCCAGACACAGUUGAGUUUUGUGAGGAAAUGGCCAACAUGGGAAAAACCAUCAUAGUAGCAGCACUUGACGGAACCUUCCAGAGAAAGCCCUUCGGUAAUAUCCUGAAUCUGGUGCCUCUGGCGGAGAGCGUGGUCAAACUGAACGCCGUCUGCAUGCAGUGCUUCAAAGAAGCCGCUUACACCAAAAGACUCGGAGCUGAACAAGAGGUGGAGGUGAUCGGCGGCACUGAUAAGUAUCACGCUGUGUGCCGAGCGUGUUACGGAGGUCUCAUGGCGUGUAAAGAGAACCACGACCCGCAGAGAGAGGAGACGCCGCCGCAUGUGAUGUCAGGAAAACAGCUCAAUCAAAGCGCCCCACGAAAACUCUUCGCCUCCCUUCAUUUAUAAAAAUAACUCCUCAGCCGUACUGCAUUACUGUUACCACAUAGAUUUAACUCACUAGAGUGAGAAUUCAGCACUUGCUUGUAUUUUUUUUAAUGCACGAUUUUUCCUGUGUAUAUAAUAACUUUUACUCCUAGUUUAAAGUGGGUCCUAGUUUAAAAUAUGGUGUGUUUGUAUUUUCAGUUUAAAAAUGAGUCGAUCAUUUGUAUGUGUUUUAAUUUAAACCAUUUUAAACUAAUUUAUAAUUGUCUAAUGGAGCGACCAGCGGACACCAUGAAACACUGCCAACGAGUGACGUAUUAUAAAUACAGUGAGAGUGAAUAAAAUUUGAUUUGAUUGUAAAAUGUUGCUUUUCAUGUGCAUGUUAUAACAACAUUUUGCAAACAGAGCGUCAACAGCGAUUUGUCAAAGACCCAAAAAUAUUUGUAAUAGAUGACUAGAUUAGGCAUUGUUUUCAAGCGCUAGCUAGUCUUGUUUUCUGUGAAACUGAUCAAGUUGAAGUGAGUUUAUGAUUAAAACAAGAACACGUAUCAA